GCGUGCAGGGGCGUUCUGCGUCAGCCGUAAUCGUCAAUCGUCCUGCGCAUUAGUUGCUUAUUGGAAUUACUUGAAACAUCGACAAAUAUUCAAGGUAACAGACCUAAUUAUGCGCCUCUUUCCUUUUGUGCUUCUUUAUUUACCCGAGACUAAAUUUUGCCAGUCCUUGGAAUUCUCCCCCGUGUGGAAUUGCUUCGGCGUCUAUCACCUCCAUGAUUGCCCUUUAUCGUCCUAUGAUUGGACCUUCAUGCAUGCAACUCCUCAUCCAAAUGAGCAUCGACCUCCUAUUCCCACUUUUGUUUCUUACCUUGGUAUGGCUGCAUGGAUAUAUCCAUUCAGACCUCGCCGAGAGCAGGGAUGUGCUGAACUCGACCAAGCAAGUCUCCAUCAAUAAUGUUUCGCAUGGGCCCUGGUCUACAGUAUUGUACUGUAGACAGCCCAACAAGCUUUCGCAAUGCUUGAAUGGCAGUUACAGCGGUUUAGUUCGAUGGUUUCCGCUCGGUUCUGCCAAGCUGGAGAACAUCUAUCUUUCUUCGCUUGGCUGGAUUUCUAUCGCUCCAGUAAACUCGACACGCCCGAUUUCACAUUCAGCAGCAAGCCUGGAUCUACCUUCACUCUGGAUUUGGAUCUGCAAAGCUGGAGCUACAUUGCCCACAAGAUCAGCGAAUGAUCACAAUCAUCUGGUGGCCAAGAGAUGUGUUUUUAACGGUUAUGCCUCGGUGUAAAUAGGAGCUCCCCUCACUGUCGGAUCUCUCCUUUACCUUGCUUUCUGCUUGAACCUUAAAGGGGCAACCACAACGUCAAUCCCGACGACUUCGAUACAUGUCUUGUCCUGAAGUAACCAUUCACUCUCUCUCUCACUCGAAUCCGACGUUGAUUAUCGAACGCAUUCCGUGCGACCUCCCACAGGCAACCCAAGGCCAACCGGCGUUGAAAUCGAGCCCAACCCGACCGCACAACGUCUUUCACCAUGCUCUUCAGCCCGGUCAAGGACAAACAAAGGGGCUUGCUGGGUAUGAAACCAUACUCGGCACGCGGCAGCAUGCGCUCGUCGAGCUUCCCGCCACGCCGCCCAAGCUCCAUAAUACGCUACCUGGGAAUCACAUUCGUCAUCAUCCUCACAAUCUACUACCUGCAAGGAUCGAGUCAACGACUCGCGAGACCCAAGAACUACCCGCCUGAGCGCACGAAGCCUGAGGAGUCCACCUACGAACAACAAGGUCAGCAAAAGAACGGCAAAGGCGGCAGCAGCAGCAGCAGCAGCAGCAGCAGCAGCAGCAGCAACAAUGAACACCCAAUCGACAAGUUAAUCCGCGACGCCGAUGCCAACUUCCGAUCGGUGCUAUCCAAAGAGUCUCGGACGCUCGAGGAUGCGGCGGCCAGGUACCGUGAGAGGCGCGGCAGACAUCCCCCACCGGGAUUUGACCAAUGGUGGCAGCUGGCAACGGCGAAUAGGGCCAUCGUGGUGGAAGACUUUUGGGACCAGAUAUACACGGACCUGGAGCCUUUCUGGGGCCUGCCGCCGGCGCAGCUGCGCAAGGAGGCCUGGGACUUUGAGAUGACCAUCAACGUGCGCAACAAGACAGCCUCGGCCCAAAGCGACUGGUUCUGGACGCAGAUCUGGUUGGACAUGAUUAGGCAGAUCGAAUCAUACCUGCCAGACAUGGACAUUGCAUUGAACGCAAUGGACGAGCCGCGCAUCGUAACCCCGUGGGAGGACAUCGACCGAUACGUGACAGAAGCCAAGAAGACGCGCAAGGUGGUUGAGCCCAAGGAGGUUAUCAGGGAAUUCUCGUCGCUGCCCAAGCCAACGGAAGGUCCUGAUAAGUGGUCGAUUGGAGACAAGAAGAACUGGGAGACGAAACAUCCGUAUUGGGAGAUUGCUCGUCGGGGCUGCCCCCCGGACUCGCCCGCCCGCACAAGCCCAGUUAUGCGCAACUUUGACCACGAGCCGAUCAUCGUACCAUCCAACGCCGAGCCGCACAUGUACCAAGGCUUCGUGUCCAACUACACACUUGCGACGUCCAUCUGCCACCAACCCGACAUUCAGGGCCUUCAUGGCAUUUUUGUCGAGCCUCUGUCCAUUUCGACGACGCGCCAUCUAUUUCCCAUGUUUGGCGGCAGCAAACUUGCCACCAAUAACGAGAUUUUGCUGCCGGCGCCCAUGUACUGGUCGGGAGGUGCGCGCUUCACGGCAGAUGGGUACGACAGCCUGCCGUGGGGAGAGAAAAAGAAUGGUGUGACAUGGAGGGGCGUGGCGACGGGCGGGAGAACGAGGGCCAACAACUGGAAGGGAUUCCAGCGGCACCGAUUUCUCGCCAUGAACAACGGUACGGCAAUUGCCAUGGCCGAAAAAGCCCUGCCCUCGGAGAUUGACAAGGAACCGACCCCACCGGGUGAAGCAAUGCCCGUACCAAAGGGGCUCAACUUUGCGCUGCCCGACAAAAGCUACAACCUGGCGGCGCAGCAGGCUGGUAAGCUGAGCCAGUGGGUAGCUGAAUGGUCCAACAUGGCAUUUACGGACCUCAACUGCCAGCCGCAGGAGCCCGAAGGACGAUGUUCGUACACCGGGCACGCCUUCGAGCUUGGCAAGGGGCUCAUGCUCGCCGAGAUGUUUGAAUACAAAUUCCUUCCGGACAUCGACGGCAACAGCUUCAGCGGGAGGUACCUCGGCUUCCUCAAAAGCACAUCGUUGCCGAUCAAGUCGACGCUUUUCCGGGAGUGGCACGACAGCCGUUUGGUGGCCUGGAAGCACUUUGUUCCCCUGGAUGCGCGGUUCGGAGAUUGGCACGCAAUCAUUGAGUACUUUCUCGGCUACACGGGGACCGACAAGAGAAAGGCCGCCGCCCACGAUGCCGAGGCCGAGAAGAUCGCCAUCGCGGGGCGGGAGUGGGCAGAGUUGGCGCUAAGGUCCGAGGACAUGCUGAUCUAUGUUCUGCGACUGCUGCUAGAGUAUGCGAGGUUGAGCGACGAUAGGAGAGAGAUGAUGGGGUUCGUGGACGAUUUACUGCCUAAGCAGACGGCGUAGCCCUCUGCUGUGCGGAAGGGAUAAUACUUUCAUUUGUUUACUAGAUACCCCUUCCUUGAGGGAAAGUGACUGUUGUUUGUGUACUUUAAGCCUGUAACCAAUCUUUAUGUACCAUAAACGACAUGCAGAUUUGUCAAUAUUGAAGUUUCUUGACUAAAGAGCUUGCCG